CACACUCAGUUCCCCCUUGGACUCGGUGGAGGGAGGGAGUGUGACGCGUGUCUCUUCGCAACUUUCCUUUAAAAUUCCCAGUAAACAUGUCCACCGAUGCGAGCGAGGUGGCGGAGGAGUACAGAUCAUCCCUGAGAGACCUGGUGAACAACUCUAAGCCCCUGAUCACCAUGCUAACGAUGCUGGCUGAGGAGAACAGGUCACAAGCCAGUGUUAUUGUGAAGGUUAUCGAGGAACACAUUCACGAGGUGCCAGGACCCCAGAAACUACCUGUCAUGUACCUGAUUGACUCUAUAAUGAAGAAUGUUGGCACUCAGUAUAUCAAACUCUUCGCCUUCAAUAUUAUAUCCACAUUCUGCUGCGUCUUUGAAAAGGUCGACGAGAGGACGCGGAAGAAGCUAUACGAGCUACGAACAACUUGGAAUGAGGUGUUUCCAAAGUCAAAACUGUACGGACUAGAUGUGAAGGUGCAGGCCAUCGACCCAGCCUGGCCCCUCCCCAUUGUGCCUUCAGUGGGAGGAACGCAGCCCACCGCCUCAAAGCCCAACAUUCACAUCAACCCUAAUAUCAUUAAACCCGGAGGAGUUAAGGCAACCUCUCUCUCCACUUCCUCCUCCCAGAAGAACCAGAAGGAUAUGGAGAUUCUCAAGCUGAAGAGAGAGGAGGAGUUGCUAGCUCUGGAGAGGAAGAAACUCAUGCUGGAGAAGAAAAAGAUUCUCCUCCAGCAGAGCCGUCAGACCAAGGGAGACACAGAGACAGAGAAGCCUGUUAAUGAAGACCCAAGCAUAUCAAGUGAGCGUCGAUCUCAAUUCCUGCGCUCUUACAAGAUAAAGAAAAAGGCACUAUGGGAUGAAGAGUCUAAGGUCCCAAACAUCCACCUGGACCCAAGGCGUGUCUACCAGGUGCUGCCCUUAGUGGCGGCCACCUCGCCUUCCCCCUUGGCCCAGCAGGACCCCAGAUCCCGGGGGCAGGAGGCCACAUCCCGUGACCCCAGGCUGGCACAGGAGCAGCGGGCGUCAGGCGGGGAAGCUUCAAGGGACCCAAGGCGCAGCGCUGAGGUAUCCCGUGACCCCCGCCUGGCCUCACACUCAGAGUCCCCCAAGGCCUCCCGUGACCCCAGGCUGGCCGGGAAGGAAUCCAAGGAAAAGAAGGACAAGGAGAAGGACAAGGAGAAGGAAAAGGAGAAAGAGAAAGAGAGGAAGGAGAAGGAGGAUAAAAAGAAGGAGAAGGAGCAUCACAGAAGUAGUUCAAAGAAGGAGUCAUCUUCAUCUCCGUCAUCUUCUUCUUUGUCAAGUUCAACACGAGACUCCAAGAAGAAAAAGGACAGUGGAAAGUCCUCUUCAUCAUCUAAGUCCUCAUCCAGCUCCUCCAAGUCCAGCCACCACGAGAAGGAGUCCACCACUGCCACCAUCACCACCACUACUACCACUCUUACUGCCUCCACCACCACUACUCUCACUGCCUCCACCACCACCUCCUCCUCCUCAUCCUCUCCUUCCACUUCAUCCUCCUCCAAAGACUCCAAGAAGCUGCCCCUGCCAUUAGACUCGGUGGAUGGGCCAGCCACCUUCAAGAGUGAUCGGCGGAGGAGCCAACGGAUGUACAAGAAGCGUGAGGAGAGCCCCGACGACACCCCGGAGCCCCAGAUCAAGCGGAGCCGGGGCGAGGUCACAUCAGAUUCCGAUAGUGACCAUUACGACGCCAAUAGGCCGAGUCCGUCAUUGUACAAUAAGCCCGCCAAGAAAGUGGAUGCAGGCAGUGUUACUCCCUCCGCCACUGUUGCAGACACAGACUACCGCCAGUUCACCUCGCCGCCAACCAAGACCGAGGAAAAUGUGUCACCAACCAAGAAGGAUUGUCUCAUUGACAAACUGUUCAGCAAGGAGGAUGUGGACUACCGCCAGCUACUGCCACAGCCCGGCAUGCUGCCCACAGCCACACUGCCAGCAGCCUUCAAGAUGGCUGACCAGGACGACCGUACUCCCCCCAUGGACAAGUCUCACCAGCCCCCAAGGGAACCAUUGGCACCCCUCAACAAAGACACCAACUCCCCACACCACCCCAAGACGGAGCCUGCCCGCCCCACCACUCCUGCCGUCACUGAGCUGGAGCGCACCAGGAAAAACAGCUUCAACAGUCCCCAUGCUGCCUCCUGGGAGAAGUUCCGGCAGAAAAACCCAGUGUUCAAGGAAUACCAGAGACAAGCCAGUACCUCGGAGUCAGAGAGAGACUUCAGUCCCACACAUGGGGACCAGGACAUGCCCUUCUGUGGUGGCACCUCCCAGCAGCUGCCCUCCUCUCAGAGACCACCCUUCCCUGGCAUGCCCUUCAAGGACCCACACGGCACCCCACAUGGCCGGCCACGGGACGCACCCUGGCAGGCGUUUGAGGAGGAGGAACGCAGGGGCCAUUUUGGCAGGAACAAGGCAGCGCAGGAGAACUUUAAGGUGAUCCUGGAGCAGGCCCAGGAGCAGCGGGACCGAGGGGAGAUCAGUGAGUUGCAGUACCAGCACAUGGCCAACCAGCUACGCCUCUUUACUGAACAGGAGCAGAUCAGGGAAGCCAGGGAAAGGGACAGACUGCAGCCAAGACCCACCAACCAGCAGCAGCAGCAGCAGCAGCAGCCACAGCAGCAACAGCAACAGCAGCAGCAGCAGCAGCAGCAGCAACAACAACAACAACAACAACAACAGCAGCAGCAGCAGCAACAGCAACAGCAGCCACUGCCGUACAAAGGUUCUGAGACAGACUGGGGUGCGGGGCGUGGCCGCGGCGGAGGCAGGGACAUGGCCGACAGCUUCCGGGGUGGCGGCCGGGGUGGGUUCCCUGGCCCUGGCAUACACCAGCAGCCCCGCAACUCAGGGCGGGGUGGCCGCUUCGAAGAGGAGGACAGCGGGUGGGGUCGAGGUGGGGGCGGGGGUCGGGGCUGGCCGUGGCGGGGUGGCAGGCACCCGAGGGAGGAGCGUGGUGGCGGCGUGGGUCACAGCGGGGUUUGGGGGCCACACAGGGACAACAUGCUGGAGGAUGAGUGGACGGGGGAGAUGGACCUGCCCUUUGUGUCUGAAGAGACACUGAAGGCAGCAGCGCGGGAGGCGGAGACGCGCACCAUUGAGAUCGACGGCGUGCCACGCGAGAUCCGCACCUAUGGUGAGACAGCAGUCAUCCUGCUGGACUGGAAUGACCCGCGCAUCCUAACCUUCGGUGAGGGCCACUGCAACAUUGUGUUUGACGAGGGCAAGUUUGUGCUGCCCAUGCGCAUUGGUGAGGACUACAAGGAGUUCACCAUUGAUGGGGAGACACACCGGGUGAAGCUGGGCGUGCCCACCCAGGAGCUGAUGCUGGACGGCCGUGGCUACCAGUGCUUCUACGGUGGUAAGCCCAUCACAGUGCAUCUGGCUGGUCAGCCACGCACGGUGUACCUGGACGGCAAGCCACCCAACGUCAACAUUGGCCCCAUUACCAACACAGAGUUUGUGGCGGGCAAGGUGCAGCUGGUGAUCCACGCCAAGAAGGUGGUGAACCUGUUCCUGGAUGCCAAGCCCCAGCGCUUCAACAUUGAUGGCAAGCCAUUCGUGCUGCAGUUCACUGAUGCGCUGCGGGCUGUUCUCAUCAACAACGUCAGAUUUCCCGUGGAGUUCGGUGGCCUGCCCAUCGGCAUCAGCGUGCGCAGCUUCCGCCGCUUCCUGCGCUUCACCUCGCUGCCACCCGGUGUGGUGCCUGGCAAGGUGCACAUCCGCGGCAUGGAGACAGAGGCACAGAAGAAGGCCGGCCUGCCCCCCGCACCACCUGUCCCAGACAAGUUCAUGGAUGGACAGAGUCGUGGUUCCCCAUCCCUCGACAUGGCUCGCAAUGUUAACUUCCCCAUGGACAAGCCUGCAGGCGCUCCCCAUUUGCCAGUGAGCAUGGGCCAGCCCACAGAUGUGUUUGGCACCCACCAGGGGCCUGCACUGCCCAUGGCACCCAACCCACCCCGCCCAGUGAUGCCUGUGCCUCCCCAGCACUCUCACCCCAUGCCUUCGGCUCUACCACACCCUCCUGCACCGCCCCAGAUACCCACCUCGCUCACACAGAUACCCCCACAGUUUCCUACACCCAUACCCUCACAGGGAGCUCCCUUACCUGUCCCCAUGACCCUGCCUAAUGUGGCUGUGCCCAACCUGGCCCAGGCUGUCACGUCUAUGGCAAUGCCCGUGGCCUACAGGACCUCUCAGGUGCCCGCCACCACCUUCAAGCCCACCCAGCCCAAGCCCAUAGAUUUGUCGGCCCUGCUAGAGGACCUCACCCGCAAGGGUCUCAUUGGCCAGAAGCCCCUGGCUCCUUCCAAGGUGCGCAAAGACAAGGAGGAGGCAGACAAGAAGAAGGAGGAGGAGGAGCAGAGGGAGAAGGAUGAACUCAUUCCGUUUGAGCUGAUGUUUACCUCGGAGAAUCUGCGCAAGCGUCGUUCGUGGGUGAUCGAGUCACAGUACCGGGGGAUGCAGUGCUCAUCGUGUGGGCUGCGCUACCCACCCGAGCAGACCCUGCAGUACUCACACCACCUGGACUGGCACUUCCGACAGAACAAGAAGCAGCAGGAGUCCACCAAAAAGGCAAACACUCGCAAGUUCUAUUUCUCCGUCCCGGACUGGCUGCAGUAUGAGGAGAUUGAGGAUGUGGAGGAGAGAGUGCCCAGCAUGUUUGAGACGGAGGGUAUUGAGAACACCAUGGAGGCAGAGGACGCUGAGGAGCCGAGCGUAGCUGUGUCCUCAGACUCCGCACUGGGCAUCUGUCCCGCCUGCCAUGACACCUUCUCCCAGUUCUUCCACCAGGAGACAGAGGAGUGGAGGUAUCACAAUGCCAUACAGGUGGAGGGAAUCAACUACCACCCCGGCUGCCACCAGGACCUCUUAAGGAAGGCUGAGGAAGCAGAGAAAGAAGCAAAGAAAGAAGAGAAAGAAAAAUCAGAGGAUGUCGAGAUGAAGGACGUGUCUGAGGAAAAAAAGGACGAACAGAAAGAAGAGGAAAAGCAAGACUCGGCUGAUGCAAGUACAAAAGACAAAGAUAAGGAAGAAGAAACUACCACAGCAGCAGCAGCAACAACAACAACAACAACAACAACAACAACAACAACAACAACAACAACAACAACAGAGAAUGAGGCUGCAGGAGACAAAGAGAAUAGUGUAGCUGUCAAUGGAGAGGAGAUGGACACAACACCAGCACCAGAGGAGACUCCACCUGCCGAGAUGCAGCUUCCAAUCCGCAUCAAGGAAGAGCCAGUGGAUGUGGAGGAAGAGACCACUGAGGGCAUCACCAGUAUGCUGUCUUCCUUCGGGGGCGUCACCAUCAAGCAGGAGAUCAAGGAGGAGCCGGCCGAUGAUGUGUUUGACUCUCUCCCCGACCCCAACUUCCACGAGACUGGCGAGUGUACGGAGGAGGCACUGCAGACCGAGGAAGGGGAGGGCAGGGCGUCGGAGGAUGACAUUGAGGAGAUGGAGCAGCUGUGGGAGCCUUCAGUAGUGUCGGUCAAUGCUGCUGAGACAGACAUUGCCAGUUCCAUUGACGGGAACAUGGAGUUGACAAGCCCCACUGAGGUAACAACACGACCAGCCAUCACCAAGAUCAAGCUCAACAUUUCCAAGCCCAUCGUGAGCAAUUCCAAUAGCAGCAACGCCAAUAGUGACGCCGUAAACAAUAACAACAAUGAAGAUGACGGGGAGCGCAAGAAGAGAGAUGCACUCAACUCCAGCAGCAUAGAUGAGGAAGUGGAGGAGUUUGUCCCGCCACCGUUCACUGUGGACCUGGAGCUCAAGCCAGCUUUCCGGAAUGUGGAGCUGACAGAACAACCCAUCCUGCAGCAGGGAGUGGAGGCAUCUGGUCUGUGCUCCAUCAUGUGAGGCCACCAGUGUCACAGAGGGUGGACUAGUUGGUGCUGGUGGCUGGAUGAGGAAUAUAGUGUUGGUGAGGUGGAAGGUGGAGUGCAUUGUGGUUCCUGGCGUUAGUGGAGUCACUGAGUUGGUGCUGUGAUUUAUGUGUCUGUUGCUCUGUUGGUUUGAGAAAUUUUGCAUUAGGUUUGUAUUUUAUGGUGUGUAGUGAAGGCAACGAGUGUUCAGCGACAUUACCUGAAGGUGGUUGGGAGUGUUACAGGCUGGUGAGGCGGUGAAGGGAGUGAAGGCAAGGCUGCAGCUCCCUUGGCUUCAUCUGAUCCUUGUCUUGGUGGCACAUCAGUGUUGUGCCUACAGAGGGUAAUGUUCAGUCUUGCACAUCCUUCAAAAUAGUAACAUAUCUUACAGUGGGAAAUUCAGAAAAAAAAGAAAAAAAAUCUCAGGUAUGUUUUCUCUUAUAAAUAUGAAGUCAAGUAUAACUCAAUACAAUCUUUUAUACUCUUGCUAAAAACAUCUCUUCUUCUUCUUGAAAUUUCUCUGACACUUCUUUGUCUGCUUGAGUUAUGAAUCAAAAGUUCUUCUUUUAACUCUUCUCAUCUCACAUACUUUGUAACCUGAAUCACUUUCAUUUAUUUUGACACUGGUAAGAGCCUCCCAGCAGGCCAGCCUCCCGACCAGCCUAGACACUGCACUACUACAACUUAUUCCACACUGGCCCUACCUUCCCUGGUGAGCAGGGUGGGGUGAGUGGCGGCGGGGUGGCUGUCGUCUGCCCAGAUCAUAAUUUCUCAAGAAGGCGCCCGGAGUGUGGACACAAGGCACGGGCCGCCCCUCCUCUGGGUCGUCCAGAACACAGGAUGCUGUGUGAGUGUGGCUCAAGUUUGUAAACUAGUAUUAGCAGGAUAUAUAUCUAAUAUAUAUAUCUAGUUUUGUAUAUUUGUAUAUGCAUAUUGUAAAAUAAAUUAUAUUUUCUUAGUUUCUUUCCUUCAUUUCACCUGUGGCAGGAUGCAGUUAAUUCUGUGCAUUGCUAUGAUAGUAGUUGAUGUUUGGCAUUGAGUAGUACUAUUAUGACAAUUACAUUAUGCUGACCGUGUGUAAGACAACCCAUUAAAGUCUGGAAAUAAA